CCAUUUUCUCUGCUGCCGUCGAUCAGCACACAGCAAACGGCAUCGUUCGAUUCCGUCCCAGACGCUAUUCCAUCGCUGUCGCCGCCUGUCCCCUGUCUCCUGUUGUGACCGGUGCCGCUGCCUGAAAUGUCGAAUCCGGCUUCCCAGCUCGUGUCGCUCAAGGCCGUCUUGAAAGCCCGUCUGAUGGACGAUAUGAUACGGAAGGUCAAGUCCACCGGCAGAAGCCCCUACAAGAUCCUUAUCGUCGAUGCCGCCUCGCUCCAGAUCCUCAAUGCCUCGUGCAAUAUCUACGACAUCACCGAUGCCUAUAUUCUCUCUGUCGAGGAUAUCAAGAAGAGACGAGCCCCUUCGCCCGAAAACGAAGCCAUCUACUUCAUUACCCCAUCCACCGAGUCCAUCCGGUUGUUCCUGGAGGAUUAUGGCCGCGGCAGACCACUCUAUGAUCUUGCGCAUGUCUUCUGCACCGGAGCCAUCCCUGACAAGCUGAUGGAUUCGAUCCGGCUCUCGGCCGCCUUCAACAGCAAGCGGAUCAAAACGCUCCAGGAACUCCAUGUCGACUUUCUGGCUCUCGAAAGCCAAGUAUUCUCCCUGGAUAUGCCCCACUCCCUAUCAACGCUUUUCAACCCCUCCUCGCCGUCGCUGCUGACUUACGAGCUGGAAGGCAUCUCCAAGAAGCUGUUGUCGGUGAUGACGACCAUGGGCGAGCUCCCGUUUAUUCGAUACUACGACCCACAAGGUCGCCAGCAAAACUCUCUGCCCGGAAAGCUGGCUCACAUCCUCCACAAGGAGCUCGAAGAGUACUGCCGCAAGGACCCCGAGUUCCCCCCGCCUUCGACGCACCAGCGCCCCAUUUUGCUGAUUGUCGAUCGGACUGCUGAUAUGAUGUCGCCGCUCCUCCACGAGUUUUCGUACCAAGCGCUGGUUAACGAUCUGCUGCCGGUCGAAGGCCAAGGAAGCAAGCUCAAAAUGCCCGAUCCCUCGGGUAGCGGUGACCUCGAUGUCGUUUUCGACGAAACGGAUCGCAUUUGGAACCAUGUCAAGCAUAUGCACAUUGCCGAUGUCAUGACUUAUCUCGGCGAGGGAAUCAAAAAGUUCCAGCACGAAAACAAGGCUGCCCAGUUUGAACUUGGAGGAUCUGGCAAGGGAGCCGAUGCCGUUGAACGCUUGAAGGAAACACUCACCGCCCUGCCAGAGUACACCGAAACGAAAAAGAAGUUCUCUGUGCACACCGAAAUCUGCACCAACUGCAUGGCACUCUACAAGUCGACGAGUCUGGAUUCGGUCUCGCAGACUGAGCAGGAACUUGCUACGGGCGAGAACAACGACGGUAAGCCGGCCACCCCGUCGCUUACCGCCGUAUUGUCGCUUCUGGAGAACCCAAGCAUCACCUACAACGACAAGCUCCGCCUCCUGCUGCUCUAUAUCAUCUCGCGCGAGGGCAUCCCGGAUCAGGAUCUUCAAAAGCUGACCGCGGCGGCGCGCCUGACUCUGGAAGAAACCCAAGCCAUCCACAACAUCAGCAUGCUCGGCGUUCGCCUGAGUCCCAGCUACGACAAGAAAGCCAGCGGCAAGAGUCGCUAUGCCUACUUUACUCACGCCCCAAAGAAACCCCAAGACUACCAAGACAGCCGAUAUACGGCGAUCAUCAAGAGUAUGAUCGAGGAUCAGGUCAAGAACACCAUCGAUCCGCAGCUCUUCCCUUGGACAAAGGACCCAGCCACAUCCAACCGGCCCCAACAGAAUGCCGGCAAGAGCCUGAUUGUCAACCCCGAGGACCCUGGUGUGGCUCGCACCACCAAGGCAUCGUGGGCAUCGACGCGCAAAACCGGAGCUGGAGCUGGAGCCACAUCCCGCACACCCGAUCCUGGCACGAUCGGAUCAGUCUCGGAUCGCCCACAAGAGGAUCUGAGGAAAAACGGGCCUCGGAUCAUUGUCUUUGUCCUUGGCGGCAUGACCUAUAGCGAAAUCCGGUCUGCCUACGAGGUGAUGCGCGCCUCCCAGCGAGAAAUUGUGAUUGGCUCGACGGAUCUGAUCACCCCCCAGUCGUUCCUCGAAUCUCUCAAGUACUUGCAUCGCAGCGAUGGCUAUGCCGCCCGCUCGGCAGCGUCCGCGUCCUCCAGCGUACGCACGCCCUAUGUAGAGCCCAACACCCGCCCAGCGGCACCGACUCGCACCAACGCCAGUGCCAAUGCACCUGUCUCUGACACUCCUCCACCUCGAGGAGUCAGCAGUGGCCAGGGUCGCCGCGCAGCAGCAGAUGCUGCACCUCCCGUGCAGCGCACUCCCUCCCGCCGAGAGCGCGAUGCCGACCCGCGCGACGACCGGCGUUUCCAGGCCGAUCCCGAGCCGAUGCCGGCCCAGUCGUCCACGAGAGCUGGAUGGGCGAGCUCCAAACGUGGAGGCGCGAGUUCCUCUGCCGCCUCGGACAGUGGCAGCUACGAUUCACGAAGAGUGGCACCAGACCGCAGUCGCCGAGGUGACGACCGCUACGAGAGUGGCCGUGAUGACUAUCGCAACGGCGGUGGCAGCAGCGACUCGCGCGAUCAUGCGUACUCGAGCGACCGCCGUGACUACCGUGAUCAGCGGGAUUACCGCGAUCAACGUGAUGACGACUAUCGAUCGAACUCGCGCAGCCAUCAGCGCGACAAUCGCGACAACCGAGACUACCGAGACGCAUCAUCGAGCCGCCGCCGACAGCCGCCUCCCCAGGAGUACGACGACUAUGAAGACGACUAUCGCAGCUCAGAUCGCCGCCACAACUCUCCGGCACCAAGCCGUGGAGGAGGAAGCAGAGGCGCUGCGCACUACGAUGACGACCGAUACGACCGCCAGAGCGUCGCCAGCAGCAACGAGAGCAUCGAGUCUGGCGUGAGCCGCAUGAAGGUGUCGACCAAGGAGAUGAAACCGGCCCCGGCCGAGAAGAAGAUAUGGGGGAUGUUCUCACGAAACUGAGCGCCGUCCUGUGUAGCAACAGCAGAGGAGGGCUGGCUGGGACUGAACUUCAUCCCUGGCGAGCACCAGCCGCAGCAAUGGCCACCCGGUGUCUGGACCACAGCACCUCCCCUUGUCCUCGUCCUCGUCCUGCCAUGCACUCGACCC